AUGGGGGAAAAGAACAAAGAAGAUGAAAUUGAUCUCACAAAGGUUGAAUUGGAUGAUUCACAAGCUACAGAGGGACACCAACAAGAUGAUGCACUUUGCUCAUCGUACUUGGGCACUGUAUCAGGAAGCAUGAGGCACCAGCAGUCUAUAAGUAAACAUAUCAAAGUACCCAGUAAGUGCAAGCGUACAAGGGAAGCGAGGUUGCCGACAAAAAUCUUGUGGAUGAGGAGAAUGAGGGUCCUUAGGCACUUGCUUCGCAAGUAUAGGGAGUCAAAGAAGAUUGACAAGCACAUGUAUCAUGACAUGUACAUGAGGGUGAAGGGUAAUGUUCUCAAGAAUAAAUGUGUGCUGAUGGAGAGCAUCCACAUAUCAAAGGCUGAAAAGGCUAGAGAGAAGAUCUUGUCUGGCCAGUAUGAGGCUAAGCAUUGUGUACAAGAAAUCUACGAAGUCCAAGAAGUGAUAUUUGAAUGUGUGCAUUAA